AUGGUUGAACGCAUAAUCAAGGCUGGAAAGCACGACUGGGUCUGGUACCUGGACUUCGACACUCUCAUCACAAACACAAAUAUGAGUUUGACGAACAUAAUUAAUGAGAGUUUGGCAAACUCGACAAUGCCAGACGCAAUUGAUUUCCUCGUCACGAAUGAUUGCAAUGGACUCAACGACGGUUCAUUUAUCGCUCGGUCAUCUCCCCGCUCUAUUAAACUCCUUGACGCAGUACGUGCUACCCAUGAUAGAGAAAAGGAACAGAGUGGAAAAGCAAUGAGUGACCAAGACUCUAUGGACGUAUUUCUCAAAAGCGAUUCUCCGCUUGCCCAACAUGCGAUGCACAUUCCUCAAUGGACAAUCAAUGCCUUCCCUGAAGAAAUCGGCUGCUAUGAUACGCACAAGAAGAAAUGGGAAAGGGGGAUGUUUGUAGUCCAUUUUGCAGGUGCAUGGGCUCAUGUAACUGGGGAAGAUCCGACUGGCCAACUGAUGAGGAAAUAUGAAGGUGACAUAAUUUAG